GCUAAGAAAUAGGCCGCGCUACAAGUCGUUUAGGAGUUUCACUAUUCAGAGAAAAUCCAAAUCCAAAUCCUAAUCCUGUUACAACUUAGAAAUAGAAAUGCUUUUCAGGAAUCACUUUUCACCAUGGCACUGCAACCAUUUUCAUUGAAUUCUAUCACUUCCCCUUAUCCUUGCACUUACCCUUCAUUCCCUUCUCUAUACUUGCUUCUUCUCCAACCCCAAACUCCUUCUUCGAGUAUUCCCAGAACUCUCAGGCUCAGAAUUUCUUGUUCCAAUCAGACAUCCCAGGUUGACAACCAUCAACAACCUCAAAGAAUCAAAGUUGCUUUUGAGACUACAAAGAAGAGGAGGAAACCCAAGCCGAGCUUCUUUGAGCAAAUUAAAGAUAAAUGGUCGCUCAAACCCAGUUCCAAAAGAGAGAAAUUUCCAUGGGAGGAACCAGAAGAAGAACAUGAAGAUAAGGAGAGACAGAAAUCUUCUGGGGUUUGUGUAUCUGGCUCAGGAAUUGAAGCUGAAGAAUCGGUGAGUGACCCAGUGAGCUCUGUGUUUCCGAACCGGGGUGUUCUGCCUCCUUGGGUUCAUGGAAGCAAAAGCAAUACCAGGAAUUUACGGGUUGAUUCUGAACCUGAAACUAGUACCCAAAAGAGUUGUGAACUAAGAGAAGAUUUUGAUGAGGUUGGUGGGCAUUAUAAAAAUGGUACUGAAAGUGCUUUUGUUGAAAGAGUGGAAAGAAUGGAAAUUCAUGAACAGGAAGUUGACUUCAAUGUCAUGUUUGAGAGAGAAGGUGAUGCAUUUGAUGAAAUUCCAAGUGGGGUUUUAGAAAACGAAAAGACUAAGAUUUCUAGUGGCAUAAAUGGCAUUUUUUUAAACAAAAGGCCAUCUGGGAAAGGUGAACAUUUUGAAACAAAUGUAGGUUCUGUUGACGGUAGUAGUGGCUCAAUUGGGUUACCAGGGAAGAGAGAAGGUGAUGUUUUUGAUGAAAUUCAAAUUGGGGUUUUGAAAGACGAGGAGACAAAGAUUUAUAGUGGCAUAAACAGUGUUCCUUUGAAUGAAAAUCCGAGGGAUGAACAUUUUGGAAAAAAUGUGGGGUUUGUUGAGGGUAGUAGUGGUUCAAUGGGGUUACCAUGGAAGAGAGGGAAGGUUAUGGAGUCUGGGGAAGGUGAUAAGAGGAGGAGCAACACAGAGUUGGCAGAGAGAAAGCUUCCAGAACACGAGCUGCGGAGACUAAGGAAUGUAUCUUUGAGGAUGCUGGAGAGGACAAAGGUUGGAGUUGCUGGCAUUACACAGGCUUUGGUGGAUUCUAUACAUGAGAAAUGGAGGUCUGAUGAAGUGGUGAAGUUGAAAUUCGAAGGGCCUCUUGCGAUUAACAUGAAAAGAACCCAUGACAUUUUAGAGAGUAAAACAGGAGGUUUGGUUAUAUGGAGGUCAGGCAGUUCUGUUGUGUUGUACAGGGGAAUAACCUACAAACUUCCUUGUGUCGAUUCAUAUGCCAAACAAAGUCAAACUAAUAUGAAUAUGUUGGAAGAUUCAAAAGGAGCUUUGAGUGAUACUACACAUAAUUUAAUAGUGGACACAAUUAAAUCUACAGAACCUUUUAUCCCUGAUUCUGCAAAGUAUUUGAAGGAUCUAUCUAAGGAAGAACAGAUGGAAUUGAGUGAUCUCAACCAUUUACUUGAUGAGUUGGGUCCACGGUUUACUGAUUGGACAGGUCGUGAGCCAUUUCCUGUUGAUGCAGACUUGCUUCCUGCAGCAGUCCCUGGAUAUAAACCACCGUUCAGACUUCUUCCAUAUGGCGCAAGACAUUGUCUAAGAAACAAGGAGAUGACAAUUAUCCGUAGGCUUGCCAGAACAAUGCCCCCACAUUUUGCUUUAGGAAGGAGCAGAGAAUUGCAAGGUCUGGCAAGGGCAAUGGUAAAGCUAUGGGAAAGAAGUGCUAUUGCAAAGGUAGCCAUCAAACGUGGUGUACUGAAUACACGUAACGAGAGGAUGGCAGAAGAACUCAAGAAAUUGACAGGGGGCACACUAGUUUCUAGAAACAAGGAUUAUAUUGUCUUUUACAGGGGUAAUGACUACUUGCCUCCAGUUGUUACAAAGGCAUUAAAAGAGAGGAAGAAACUGACAGAUCUCCAACAAAAUGUGGAAGAGAAAGCACGAGAAAUGGCCUCAGCCUCAAUUGUGUCAAAGGCCAAAGCUUCUAAAGGUCCAUUGGUUGCUGGAACCCUUGCUGAAACCAUCGCAGCAACAUCUCGCUGGGGAAACCAACCAAGUAGUGAAGAUGUUCAGAAAAUGAUUAAAGAUUCAGCUUUGACUAGACAUGCUUUGUUAGUCAAAUACCUUCAGAACAAACUAUCUAUUGCAAAAGGAAGGCUCAAAAGGGCUGAGAAUGCUUUAGCAAAAGUGCAGGAGUAUCUGGAACCAGCAGAUAUCCCAACUGAUUUAGAAACUAUAACUGAUGAGGAGAGACUUUUAUUUCGUAAGAUGGGUUUGAGCAUGAAACCCUACCUACAUCUAGGCAGGCGAGGGGUUUAUGCUGGUGUCAUAGAAAACAUGCACUUACACUGGAAGUAUCGCGAGUUGGUAAAGAUAAUUGUGAGAGGAAAAAGACUUGAACAAGUCAAGCAUAUUGCAAUUUCUUUGGAAGCAGAGAGUGGCGGAGUGCUAGUAUCUUUAGAUAAAACUAGCAAAGGAUAUGCAAUUAUUGUAUAUCGUGGGAAGAAUUAUCGACAGCCUCAAGCACUAAGACCCAAGAAUUUAUUGACAAGAAGGCAGGCAUUGGCUCGGUCAAUUGAACUUCAGAGGCGUGAGGCACUUAAGCAUCAUAUCUCAGACUUACAGGAGAGAAUGGAAUUGGUGAAAUCUGAAUUGGAAGAUUUGAGAAAUGGGAAGGAGAUUGAUGACUCAAAAACAUUGUACUCAAGAUUGGAUGAUCAUAAUGUUUCUGAUGAUGACAUAGAAGAGGAUAAAGGCGAGGAGGCAUAUCUUGAAACAUAUGACAUUGGGAGUGAAGAUAGCUAUGAUCAAAAUAUGGAGCUUAGACCAGUGUAAUAAUCCUUUGAUUGUUACUUGGAAGAUUAAGCAUUGCAGAUGCUUGAAAGGAAUUCAUUCAUUCCUAAGGCCAAGCUAACUAUGAGAUGAUAGCAGAAUAUAUGCAUUUCAAAUGCUUGUACGGAGGCUUUUCUUACAUACCUGCGUCAGCUAUGAUCAUUGAGUUAACAGUUAGUGUUUAUGCUGUUGUAGCAUGAACAUCAUGUUGUAUAAGUACAAGUCCGCUGCUGCUGUAACUGCUAGGAGUAAGAUAAUUAUAAUGUUAUUACCAGUAUUUUCUAAAUAUUUGCAACUGUUAGCAGCAUUCAUGUAAUAUAUCACUGUAAAUAAAUUCAUUCAGCAAAAAUUUCAUUAAUGAAUUAUUAUGAUGUUCAGCUU